AUGGUGUCCGAUAAAGAGGCCCCUGCAACUCCUAUCCGAGAGGAUUCUCUCAACCACGAAAAAUACCAAGUUGGAGACAUUAUUGAGUCUCAGGAUCGCAGUGACGGAAAAGAUGUCGCUGCUCAAUUUCUGGCACAGCUUGAUACCGCAAUCACAGCGGAGCCCAUUAGUGAAUCUGAGGCUCGUCGCGUACUAUGGAAAAUCGAUCUGAUAAUCAUCCCAAUGAUCAUGGUGACUGUUGUUCUGGCUGCUAUCGACAAGGUCAUUAUCUCCAAUGCAGCGAUUUACGGCAUGAAAACAGACACACAUUUGACUGGCAAUGAGUACUCAUGGGUUGGCUCGAUCUUCUAUUUUGGAUACCUUGUAUUCGAAUACCCCUCUGCGUUGCUCAUUCAACGUCUACCAGUAGCUAAGCUCUACGUUGGUAUGGUUGCUGGAUGGGCAAUCAUGAUGAUGUUGACUGCGUCCACUCAGAAUUUUGCGGGCCUGGCUACUGUUCGAUUUAUCAUGGGCAUGCUGGAAGCCUCAGCAUUCCCCAUUUCUAGCAUUUUGACAGUCAUGUGGUGGAAAACAAAUGAGCAGCCUCUUCGUGUUGCUUUUUACUUCAAUCAACUCUCCUCUGUCUUUGCCGGCUUGGUCAGUUACGGCAUCGGUCAAACAAACACGACGAUAGCCCCUUGGCGACUGCUAUUUCUUGUCCUCGGAGCAUUCUCCUUCCUAUGGGCUGGAUUUCUCUACGUUUUUCUUCCUGAUUCACCCGUUCAAUGCUGGUAUUUUUCAGACCGAGAGAAAUUUGUCUGCCUUGAACGCGUCAAGACCAACAAUACUGGAAUGGAAGACAAAACAAUCAAGUGGUAUCAAGUUCGCGAAUGUCUCCUUGAUCCUAAGACUUGGCUGUUAUUUCUAUUUUCUUUGGCUCAAAACAUUCCCAAUGGAGGACUAGUCACUUUCUCGUCAAUUAUCGUCUCUGGUCUUGGGUACUCCAGUCUGAUCACCACGGUUCUGGGCAUUCCGACAGGUGUACUCGCAACUGUCUGGCAGAUUCUGCUAGGAGUUAUCACAGCCCAUAUCCCCAACUCACGCUGUGCAAUUAUUGCCAUCGCAGACCUAGUCCCAAUUGUGUGUGCAGUUCUCAUGUGGAAACUUCCGAGAGAGAAUAAACAUGGCUUACUAGCAGCUUACUAUGUCUUUUACACAUACUGGGGUCCCUAUGUGCUCUCAACGUCGCUCCCAAUGGCGAAUACCAGUGGGCACUCCAAGAAGCUUACGAUGAAUGCUCUCUUCUUUUUGGCUUAUUGUACCGGCAAUAUUAUCGGACCACAGGUCUUCCGAUCUAAUGAUGCCCCAUCCUACUCCAAUGGCUACGAAGGUCUAUUAGCUUGUCUGGUCGUGGCAAUGGCAUCCAUCAUUGCUUAUGGGUUUCUUUGUCGACAGGAGAAUCAUCGUCGGGAUCGAAUGGAUGGGCGACAUUUGAAUGCUGAAACAUCAGAGGAAACUCCCUUCUCUGAUCUUACUGAUAAGGAGAAGAGCUCGUUUAGGUAUACAUAUUAG